CCUUGGGUUCCAGCUGCUAGGUCUCCCGGUCCGAAAGCGAUCGCAGCAACGCGUCCUUCGAUGAAUAUGGAGUCCCUGUAGGCUACUGGUGGACCGUAUCGUGACGCGUAGCCCUAAAUUGAUGCUUUUUUGCUGCGCAAUUUUGCUCAAAAACCCGUCACGGGUUCCUCUUUGCGGCGGACGUGCUCCCUUUGAAAGAGUGCGGAGUGCGCGGAAUCGCGCUUCGACUUGUGAUCGCCCUCGAUCUCUGGCUUAGUCUUAGACAAAUCUGGCGCAGUCUGGCGUCGAGCUCGCGCGAGAAAGAGCUGCGGAGGUCGAGGCGGCUAGGUGAGGUGCUCGGAAGCACACCUUCGAGCUACGGUCGAGACACGAAGAGCGACGCGGCCGGUGCGCAACUCUAGCAAUGCAGCGACCAGCCCUCCUUAUUGCUCUAGCGGCGGCCGCGACGGGCUUUUCCGCGCCGACGUUACGGCCAAAGGCGGCGACGCCGCUGCGCGCCAUAAAUGACGAGAUCAUCGAGUCGCCGACGUUUUACGCCGACGAGCUGUGCGUCGAGGACGACGAGUGCGCGGUGCCCGACGGCAACCAGUUCUGCGUCGCGGUCCUCGGGGAUUUGCACAUGGACCCGCGCAAGAUGGACGACUACGUGAGCGGCCGGGAGCACGUCGUCAAGAUUUUGGAGGACGCGCAGGGGCGCGGCGUCGAGACGGCGGUCGUGAGCCUCGGCGACCUCGGCGAGUCCAAGUCCGUCGACCCGGAGAACACGGCGGAGCUCUUCGCGGGCACGACGGCCUGCCACGAGCUCGCGGCCGAGUUCCUCGGCAGCUUCGGCACGGACUACGAGGUCAUCGGCGGCAACCACGACCUCGAGGGCAUCGACGAGUUCGCCACGGACGAGGAGAACCUCGAGGCCUUCUGCCGCAUCCACGGCAAGCCCAGCGCGCAGUUCUCGCGCCAGAUCGCCGAGAAGACGCUGCUCGUCGGCCUCGGGUCGACGGUCUUCCGCGAGGCCAAGUACACGUCGCACGAGGUGAUCAUCGACGACGCGCAGAUCGCCUGGUUCGAGAACCUCGUGGAGACGCACCCCUCGAGCGAGGGCUGGAAGAUCUUCGUCUUCACGCACGCGCCGCCGAUCGGGUCCGGGCUGCGCGUGCUGCAGAACAACCACGUCGUCAACGGCUGCUGCUGGCUGAACCACAGCGGCGGCGCGACGACGCGCAAGUUCAUCGAGUUGGUGCGGAAGCACCGCUGCAUCAAGGCCUGGUUCAGCGGCCACUUCCACCUCGGCCAGGACUACCAGGACAGCAUCACGUUCCCGUCCGUCGACCCGAGCGAGGGCCCCUACCCGAACCGCGGCUCGUGCGUCUUCGCGCAGACGGCGGUCAUGCGCGGCGGCGCGUCGCGCGACGGCCGGCAGCAGUCGCGGCUGAUCCGCGGCGACGAGAAGGGCUUCGAGAUCUGCACGAUCGACCACAAGCGCGGCGGCAUCGUGCGGCUCGACGCGACCAUUAGCUACACGGACGAGAACCACGAGGUCGGCGUCUACGCGCACGGCCACGACGAGGUCGACGAGAUGGGCGGCGACUUUUUGCGCGUCUACUCGCCGACGGAGGGCGACGAGUGCUUCGUCGACUACGACAACGACGGCUACCUCGACGCGACGGAGAGCACGUGCGUCGACGGCCAGACGAUCGCCUGGUGGAAGCUCAGCUGCGGCCGCGUGCUCGGCGUCUACGACGGGCGCCUGAUCGAGUACGACCCGUCGACGCUCGCGCCGCUGGGCCUGGUCGUCGGCCAGGACGAGCUGGCGGGGCGGCGCAUCGUCGUCGUGCCGAGCGGCGAGGAGUCGUGCCAGGUCGAGGGCGCCGACGGCGGCCGCGAGGUGGCCGACUGCGAGACUGAGGCCGAGGAGCAGGCCGUCUGCUUGAUCGACGACGCCACGGGCUCGGUGACCGUCGUCCAGCCGAACGAGGACGGCAGCUACUGGCGGAAAAUCGUCCGGAACAAGAUCGUGCGCAUGAAGGAGAAGCGCCGCGUCGAGGCGGCCGCGCGGCUCGUGGACGAGAUCUUCCCGGCGCACGAGACGGACCAGCCCACGGUCUUCUCGAGCUGGGGGCCCUACACGCAGAUCUCGGGGACGGCCUCGAAGACGCGGGUCGAGGGCGUCACGUCGGCGCGCGCGCCGUCGACGACGAAGCUUGGGGAGGUCAAGUCGCGCUAGGAUUGGGUAUGGGGGCUAAGCAGACCGGUCUUCCAUGCCGCUGACCGUUGGGUAUGGGGCGAAACAGAC